AUGGCGAGGUAGGGUUGGCCUUUAAUUUUUUUUAUAUUCUUUUAGCCUGGAGGAUAUUAUACGUAAUAUCCAAAGCAAAUUCAAGGAUGGUAAAUGCACCUUGUAUUUUUGCCGUAAAAAGUCUGAGAAGAUGGAAACUAACCUCAGCAUGUGGGAUCAUUUAAAAACAAAGCACCCAAAAGAUUGCCGAGCGUUAAAAAAGGAUGCGGUCCGGAUUGGUUAUGUAAGUUGUUAUUGUUUUGCUUGCUGUUUUAGGUAACUUUACGCAUUUUUGAAUAUUCUCGUUUUUCCCGUCGAUAGAAUAAUCUAAGGCUUCCCAUGAAGGGAGAGUUUGAUUAUUUUGAAUAGCUUUCUCAACGACUUUUGACAUGGAGAAUAUAAAUUUAUUCGUUAUUGCGCAAUUAUCAUGUAAAAUUAUAGGAUCUGGACAAAGUGGAUCUCAAUAAUCCGCCGGAACGUUCGCCUCCCAUCGCCGAGAGCCUGUGCAAUGGCGACGACAAUGGCAACUUGCAAGUUUCCCUCGACAGUACACCACCGCGUCGGUUCAUCGGAUCUCGGUGAGAAUAGGGUCAAUUUUUAUUUGAAAAUCUUGGUUAUACAACUAUAUUUUUAUGCAAGAAAUUAUAUUAUUCAUGGCAAAUUUUUCAGAAUCAAGAAGUUUUGUUUGUUGGACGAGUUGAGGGCAAUUCAACGAGCUCCACAACCAUGUUGCAAACGGUUGCACUCACUGGAGAGUGAAGAAGAGAUUUUAUCGCACAUGAUGUCUCCUGCUUGCCGUCGAUUUAUGAUUGUGAAUAUUCACAACUUAAUCACAAAGUCGGCCGAAAAUCAUCAAGAUGUCCGACUGAGAUUCCCCAAGAUGGUAUGUUGCAUUGCGGUUUCGCUUUUGGAAUGGGUUUAGGGGUUUUGUGAGAGCCGUACACCAAUUUUGUCGUUAAUGUCCUGAUCAAGGAGAAUAUUAAAUCGAUUAAUUUUUAGUUUCCUCCCGAUUGGAAGAACAAGGGAAACGUCUCCCCUACGCCCGAUGGUCUCUAUUUAGUUGAGAAGGUUCUAACCCAUCGAAUUCACGGCAAAAAGGUGGAGUAUUUGGUGCGAUGGGAGGGCUGCGGACCAAUUGAUGACUCGUGGGAGCCAACGGAAAGCUUCUGCGACACCGGGCUUGGCGCAAUCCGGACCUAUUUGGAGAACAGUCUUUUGGAUGGGAGCUUGACAGAAGCCCAUCGCAGAAGAUCCGGCAGAAAUUCCAAUGAAUCGAGAGAAACGUUGUCACGAUCCGAGCAAAUCCUUCAAAAAAUUCAAACGAAAUUGACUGCCAUCUACACGCACAUUAUUGAUUCUGGCUCCAGGUCGAUCCCGAAGGAAAUGAAAGAGAUGAUGGAGGAAGUGACCCUCAUUUCUCGUAGAUUCUGUCCUGAUGUUACACAUGAGCAAGAUGAAGAAAAUGCUGAGAUUGUGGGGGGUGAUUCUUGUGAAGACACGCUGGUUCAUCAAGACCGCUCUGAAGGUAAUACUUUUUUUUUGAUUUUUUCGUCUUUGUUGAUCAUUUCCUUUCGUUUUGCAGCUUUUUUGGAAUGUGUUUGGUCAAAAAUUUUGAAAUUUUUUUCAUGGGUUAUAAUUUCUGUUUUGUUUCAGCCUUGAAUUCGGCCGAAUCGGGUGGAAACACCUCCGAAAGUAUUGACAAUAUCUUGAAUGAUUGCGGGGUUCUUCAAAUUGACGAGAAUUGUGCCUUCAACCCCUCUUUUUUGGACAGAUUGGAUGAGGAUUUGUGCCAAGUUGGAGAAGGAACGAGCGCUGGUAGAAGAACGUCUGUGGAUGUAGUGGAGUCGGCAUUGUCGCUGGUUGGAGAUGAAAGGAACGCAAUGGGAGAUGGACGUGAUCCGAAAGUUUUGAAUGGAGAUGAAGAUCUGGAUCACAUGGAACACGAAGAGGAAGGCAUUGAUCAUAUGGAAGAUGAGCAACACCGAAUGGGCGAAGAAAAUGAGGUUGACAGCGAGUUUGGCGAAGAACAUGAGGAUCCGAACAACAAUGUCGAGCAAGGAGAAGAGAUGGCUCCGGAUUUGUCAGAAUUGCUGAGAAAAAAGGAAGAGAAGAUGUUGAAUGAACAAGUUGAAUGCGAUUUGGACCAUGAUCAAACGGAAAAUGAGGAGUUUUUGGAGCAAGAAGAUGAUCAAAGGGAUCAGAUGAACCAAGGAGAAGACGAAAAUCUUGUCGAAGAAAUUGUGAAGAACAUUGGAGAAGAAGAAGAAAUUAUGGGGAAAAUUAGAAAAGAACUGGAGGAAAUGCACGGGAAAAUGAGUGGGGCUGAUGACCAAGCAGUGGAAGAGGUGGGAGCAACGGAAAAGGACGGAGAAGUUGGCCAAACUGAGAAUUUGGAAAUCAGCGUCCAGGAGGGUGCGAUUCCGCGUAUGUUUGGAGUUUUUCACGAGGAAAGUACUUCUAUGAGGUAUGGAGUUACAGGUCGAGUAAUAUAUGAAAAAAUCGUAAAAUUUUUCUGAUUCAGAAUAUGUAAAAGUUAGCUGCCUAAUUUCGGUUUGUAAGGGUGAAAAAAAGCCUCAGGACUUUCCUCGCAACACCAUACAAAUUCUCCCUUUUUAUAUUGGAACUACUAAUGAAGGUGUGGCAAUAAUCAAAUUUGAUAUUGUAAGGCUUGUCAAGAUACCAGGCUUUACUUUUGCUCAAAACAAAGCUUUUGAUUUGGCAAAAACUUUGUCAAAAAGGCAUUUACGUGGUGUUGCGAGAAAAGUUCUGAGGAUUUUUCACCCUUACAAACCAAAAUUAGGCAGCUUACUUUUACAUAUUCUGAAUCAGAAAAAUUUUGCGGUAAUUUUGAUAUAUGACUCGACCUGUAACCCAUACCCCAUAGAAGUACUUUCGUUGUAAGAAAAGAUAAAACAAGCAUUGAUUAAAGCCUAUUUUUUAGCAAAAGUGGAGGAAGUGAGCGUAAAGUCUGAACCGGAACAAAUCGUCCGGGUUUAUGAAGAUGGUGUUGUGGAGUGGGAAGACGAGUUCAACGCAACUGAAAGGCCCUUUGUCUUCGAUUCGAUGGCGGAAGGUGGCCCGAGUGUUCCUGAGAAUGUCCAAGAAGAACCCCUCGAUUUGUGUUAUCAACCGGAAGUUAUUGAGCGGCAAAAUGACGUCAGAAUUGAGGAAAAUCAUGGAUUCGGGAGCGGAAAUACACAAGGGAGCCGGAAAAGACCCCUGGAGCCAGUGGAUCCGCAUGUUAUUGAAGAAAAUCCAAUCCCGGUGAGUUCUUUGGGAGAUUUGAGGUGUUUUUAAAUUUUUUGAAGAGAGCCUGAGAGCGCGUCCGGGGAAAAAUCAAAGAUAAGGCUUAGACCUGCGAUCUCAACCAUCUGAAUGGAUUGAUCGUUAUUAACUUCGGAAAUUCUUUAUUUUUUUCUGGCUGUUACUUUUUUUCAAAGUAGUAGUGUUAAAAAGUAAUUUUUUUGAAAUUUUUCUAAAAAUACUCGAUAUAGGGGUUUUCGAGGGUGCUGAUUUCAAAAAUCAGGUUCAAAUUUUCUGCACUUUACUAGCUCGCGACCUAGGUCGUGACUGAGGCCAAGAAGUUUUGCCUGAAAUUUGCAGAAAAUGGUCUCGAUGCUUGACUAUGACGGUCAAGACACUUCGUUUAGGUCAGGUCGUCAAAAAGCUCACGACCAAAAAUGAACAUGAUUUUCGAAAUCAACAACCUCGGAAACCCCUAAAUCGAGUAUUUUAGAAAAAUUUGACAAGGAAAGUACUUCUACGGGGUGUGGAGUUACAGGUCGAGAUAUAUAUCAAAAAAUUCGCAAAAAUUUUCUGAUUCAGAAUAUAUAAAAAUUAGCUGCCUAAUUUUAGUCUGAUGACAUGUUUUUGUCCUCAGAAGUUUUCUCGCGACACCAUGCAAGUGUCUUUUUGACCGUGUUUUUACCAAUAAAAAAAAUUUUUUUUGUGCUAAAAUAAAUUCUGAGGCUUUGACAAGCCUUAAAAUAUCAAAUUGGAUUACAACUACACCUUAAUAGUAGUUCCAAUGUAAAAAAAUGGGCUCUGUGGCAAAAGGAUUCGAACCCACGGGGCAGCCUUUCCCGUUGGAUUCUCAGUCUACCGCUCUAACCACUCGGCCACACCGCUCUCUUCCGAAGGAAGAGACCGAGCGCGCUUUUGUUGCCGGAGUUUUUUUCCUCGAGAAAUACAUUUAUUGAUAAAACUCGUUGAUAAACCAAAAUUAGGCAGCUAAUUUUUAUAUAUUCUGAAUCAGAAAAUUUUUGCGAAUUUUUUGAUAUAUAUCUCAACCUGUAACUCCACACCCCAUAGAAGUACUUUCCUUGUGAAAAAAUUAAUUUUUUACACUUGAAAAAAAAGUAACAGCCAGAAAAAAAUAAAAAAUUUCCGAAGUUAAUAACGAUCAAUCCAUUCAGAUUGUUGAGAUCAUAGGUCUAAGCCUUAUCUUUGAUUUUUCCCCGGUUCCGGAAGUGUCAGUCACUAUGCCGCCAUUCAGGAAGUGUCCAAGUUCUGGAAAUGUCGCAAGCCAAAUUUCAGUCUGUUAUUUUGUGAGGUUUUGGGGGAAAUACCUUCUUGGAAAGUUGGAUUCCAUGUAUGCUUCGAGUUUCUUCGAAAAAUUUGGGCUUUCAUUUUUCUAUUUCAGUUUUUUUAGGCCAAGCGCGCAUGCUCAGAGGUCAGAACCGAGUUUGUCCCACAGCCGUCGACCUCAGCAGAAGUCGAUGAGAGAACAAUUGAAGUAACAAAAAUGAAGACGGAAGCCUCAGAUGAUGAAGAGGAUUUAAUUCUAGAAGAGACGGUUAGCGAGCCCAGUGUAUUCAAUCCCACCUUCCAAAGGGACUUCCAACGGAAUUAUGGGGAACUUCAGCAAGCACAGUCGGCGCAUAGAGUUUGGAAUCAAGGCUUUCAGGAAGUUGGAGUAUGUGAUUUAAUUUUUUUUUCGUUUUUUUUUUUUGAUUUCUUCCAGAUUUUACAAGCUUAAUAGGUCGUUGAUUAGUUCAUACUUUUUUGCUCGUGAUUUGUAGGCGUAGCCGAGAUAAAUAUUUAGCGAUUUUUUUUUUAGAGAGCACGGAGAAUGAGGAGGGUGGUACCAAAAAACGUUUUUUGGCCGUUUUCUUAAAUUCAGCUUGCAGAAAAUUCUUGGUGGAAGAAUUGUAGACCGCAUUUACAAUGGAGUCUGAAAAUUUGAAAUUGAAAAUUUCUUCGACCUAAACAUCUUGAAGUUUUAAAAAAUUUUUUGUCAUUUUGUAAUCAAAAGUGUCCUUUUUUAGCCACCAGAGCAAGACAGAGAAUUUAAUCGGAGCUUUGGAUACUCCCGGCCAUUCGAAAAUUAUUCCGCAAGUCUUCGCGUUGUCCAACCGGCUUUGCAACCAGGCCCAUCUCAAAUGGGCCCCAGUAUUUUGCCAUAUCAAAUUCCCCCAUUUCAUCAAUUUGCUCAGCCUCAGUGGCCUGCCCCUCCACCGACAUAUGGUAUGUACCCGGCGGGUUAUGCACCUCAUAUGACUCCGCCAUAUGGAUAUCCUGGAUAUUAUCCAUAUCCAGGAGGUCCACCGGGCCCAUAUCCCGGUGGUCAUCAAUGA